ACAAAGCGCCGAGUGUUCAUUGUUGAGACAAUGGGUGGAUACUGCGGUUAUUUGGCCACCAUGGCAGGUUUGGCUGCAGGGGCUGAUGCCGCCUACAUCUUUGAGGAGAAAUUUAAUAUCAGAGAUUUGGAGACAAAUGUGCAGCAUCUUUUGGAAAAGAUGAAGACGACUGUGAAGAGAGGACUGAUCCUCAGGAAUGAAAACUGCAAUUCCAACUACACGACUGACUUCAUCUUCAACCUUUACUCGGAGGAAGGAAAAGGCGUCUUUGACUGUCGUAAAAAUGUUCUGGGACACAUGCAGCAGGGUGGAACUCCGACACCCUUCGACCGGACAUUUGCUACAAAGAUGGGUGCUAAGUCUGUGUUAUGGUUGACUGAGAAGCUCAAAGAGUGCUACCGGCAUGAUUUUGAGCACCGGAUCCCAAAGACAGAGUGGUGGCUAAAAAUCAGACCCAUCAUGAAGAUCCUAGCCAAAUAUGACAUCAAACUGGACACAUCUGAACAUACCAACAUGGAGCAUGUGGUCAACAAGACGGGUUCCUUAAGAAAAUAG